GGCUGCCGGGACUUGUGCCCAGCCCUGGAAGCCCCGGGACAGUAAUGUCUGGGCCCGGCCGGUGGGCCCCCCUGCUGCUCUGCCUGCUGCAGGCCGCUCCAGGGAGACCCUUUGUAGCCCCUCCCCGGAAUGUGACACUGUUCUCUCAGAACUUCAAUGUGUACCUGGCGUGGCUCCCAGGGCUGGGCAACCCCAAGAAUGUGACCUAUUUUGUGGCCUAUCAAAGCAUUCUCACCCUGAGACGGUGGCGCAGAGUGCACAAGUGCUGGGGCACCUCAGCGCUGCUGUGCUCCCUGAUGUGCCUGGAGAAGCAGGACCUGUACAACAAGUUCAAGGCCCGGGUGAGGGCAGCCUCCGCCAGUGCCAGCUCCCCCUGGGUGGAAUCUCAGUACCUGGAGUACCUCUUGGAAGUGGAGCUGGGCCCACCCACUCUGGUGCUCACCUGGAAGAAGAAUAUCCUGACUGUCAAUGCCACCUACCAGCUGCCGCCUUGCAUCCCUAUCCUGGAUCUGCAGUAUGAGGUGCAGUUCUGGAAGGAGGGUGCCCGAAACAAGACUCUACUUCCAGCCGCUACUGUCGGCCAGCCGGUCCAGAUCCCACUCCAGCCUUCUGCCCGUGGACGCCACUGCCUCAGCGCCAGAACCACCUACACCUUCAUCGACCCCAAGUACAGCAGCUUCUCAGAGCCCAGCUGCCUCUCCUUGGAGGCCCCAGGGUCCAGCUGGACAGUCCUGACGCUGCCUUUGCUCUCACCGUUGGUGGUAGUCGCCGCCGUAGGGAGUGUGAUGUGGAAGAACCUGAAGGGCGACCCCUGGUUCCAGCGGGAGAAGACACCACCGAGGGCCCUGGACUUUUCAGGACACAGACGCCCAGUGGCAGCCUUCGAACCCAGAGCGCCAGAGUCCUUGGAUGAGUUAUUCCUCUGUCCCCAAAAGAAACUGACCAGAAAGGUCAGUCUGGCCCCACCAGUCAGGGCUUCAGCCUCCCUCCUGUCAGGAUCAGAGGACAGUGCUGAAGAUGAGGAGGAGGACAUGGAUGACAGGGUCAGCGUCCGAUCCUACAUGGAGCAGCCCCUCUUCCAGGAGCAGGAGCUACAGCGUCCAGAGUCCUCUGAGGCAGAUGAAUCUGGUGUGCACUCCGGGGGGCCCUGGACACCUGUGGGCCACAGCGAAGGAUGUGAUUCCGGAGAGUCCUCCGACAGGAGCUGGCCCAGCACCAGGGAUUCCUUGCUCUGGGAUGAGGCUGGAUCCUCCAGCUACACUGGGACUAGAAAGGGGCUGGGCCAAGGGCCAGGCGGUGAGGAGCAUCAGGAAGAGCUGCUCCCAUGCCCAGAGUCCCCCGAGGAUUUGGGCAUCCUGGAGGAGCCCCUGAAGGAUGGCGUCUCCUCAUGGGCUAGCUGGGGGUCUUUGUCCCCGCGAAGGAACCUGCUCCCGGGAGAGCCUCUCAUUUCCCUUCAGACCCUGACCUUCGGCUGGGACCACAGACCUGAAGAGGAAGAGGAGGAGGAAGGAGGAGAGGAGGAGAGGGAAUCAGAACCUGAGGACAGCAGCAGCUACAGCGGACAGGCUGGGGACCUCCUGAGGACCAAGAUCAGGAGUGGGACGCUGGGACAUUACAUGGCCAGGUGAGCUGGCUCUGGCUGUUCCCAGGGACUCAGAACACCACUCAGGCUUAUGAACCACAUUUAUCUGAGUGACUGGCCAGGUACAAAAUCCAUCCCUAGACAACAUGAGCCAAGGGAGGUCACGUCACUGUGGCCACUGCAGGCUGACACCCAGCGGCCACCUGGGACUGUGACAGGGUAGCACUGCUGGAGCACAUCUGGGUAUAUUGCUGCUUUUCCCAGCACCUGGGAAAGCUCUUCACCCCCAAGCCUGUGUCAUGUCCCCAGGGUGAGCCGCCCUAAAGGGAGAGCCAGUCACCAGAGGGAGUUGUCGGGGAGGAAAGGGGGACAGCCUUCAGCUCUUUGGAGUCUUAACAUUGCUAUGUUUUAAUACUAGCCAGAUCUGGGUUCAUAUCCCAGCUCUGCCAUUUGCCAGUUGUGGACUUGGGUAAGCCCUUCUCCUCUGCUAUACCUCAGUUUCUUCAACUGCAGCUACUGCCCAGGUGUGGUAAGGAUACUGGGAGAUCUCGGGAGCGUGUGACAUGGGGCUUGCCAUGGCAUUGGUGCUGUCUACGGACUACAAGGAGGCCCCUGGGUAUCCCCCUCCUGUUCC